AUGGUAUGUCUUGAGGUACAUAUUCGUAAGAUCAUAUAUUGACCAUGUGCAGGCGGCGCAGAAUUCAGCAGGAAUCCAGACGCUGCUGGAGGCAGAGAAGGAAGCCCAGAAGAUCGUGCAGAAAGGUAUGAUCUUCCACAUUACUGGGACCAGGGUAAAGAGCUAACCGUGGAACAGCAAGAGAGUGUAUGUCUAGCGACAGGUCACCCGCGACCUUCGAAGCCGAGCCCAGCGCAUGCUAAUCCCACCCACAGACCGAACGAAGCGAGUAAAGGACGCCCGAUCAGAAGCGCAAAAGGAGAUCGAAGAGUACAGAGAUCAGAAGGAGUCGGAAUUCAAGGAAUUCGAGAAGCAGGUAUGGGGAAACUCUCGUCAUGUUUGGUCUCGGUGGGACAUAUCUGACAACGGGAACAGCACACAUCGGGCAACCAGAAAGCCGAGGAGGACGCAGAAAAGGAUACGCAGCAGAAGCUGGACGAGAUCAAGCAGAUUGGCCAGAAGACCGGUCCGAAAGUGGUGGAUGAUCUUAUCAAGGCUGUCAUGACUGUCGACCCGCAGGUGCCUGAUCGCGCGGAGCAGCCUUCUGUAUGA